AUGCUCUUCAUUCAAGGCGCAUUUUUGGCCGUGGCCGUGGAACACCGCAAAUUGCAUCGUCGCAUUGGUGUCGCAGUGAUGAAGGUCAUGGGAGGAGACCCCCGUUUCAACGCUGCCGCAACCAUUAUGAUGCUGACCAUCGUUGAGGCCCUGAUGUCGCGCUUGGAGACCAUCAAACCAAGUGAGGAGAAGGAAGGAGGAACUGCCCUUCGUGCAAAGUCUGGGAAUGCUGGAGGCACGAGGGAUGUUGAGGCGAGGAAUGGCGAUGACGUCUCGAGCAACUCGGAAGAAUUGCAGAAGCUAGGCUGCGGUCUGAGUUUGGGUGUCGCCUACGCAUCGAGCUGCGGUGGAAUGGGCACCGUCAUUGGUACUCCGACCAACGUGGUGUUCGUUGGCAUGGUUGCAGACACAUACGGAGCUGACACCACACUGACCUUCGGUACGUGGGCCGCAUAUGGCACUCCACUAUCCCUAAUCCUCCUCCUGUGUGUGUGGGCCAUCCUCUGCAUAAUCUUCAUUGGGCCAAGGAAGUUCUUCGCCUGGAAGAACCCGGACAAGUCGCGCGACGCGGCCAUCCAGCAGAUAGUGCAGGAAGAGAUGUCGACAUUGGGUCCAAUUGAAUGGGCUGAAGGCUCAGCACUUGGUAUUCUCGUGGCAGUUGUGUUGCUCUGGGUCUCGAGGAAGCCUGGUGUCGAAGGCUGGUCUGCUCUGGUGCCAUCUGGUGUCCAGGAAAAUGGCAAGCCUUUACAGCUCACAACGGACACCCAAGCCGCAGUGCUGGGAAGCAUUCUGAUUUGCGUGUGGCCUGCCAACAAUCCCUUCCGAAGAAGGCAACCUACAGAACAAGCCAUCGAUCCCUUGGAACCAGUUUUGCCCUGGAAGGUGGCCCAGUCGCGUUGUCCCUGGCAGGUGCUCUUCCUCAUCGGUGGUGGCUUCUGUCUGUCGAAAAUGUGCACUGUGAGUCAUGUGGUUUGUUCUCUCUCUCUCUCUCGCGGUUGUCCACGAGGCAGUGUAUGGGGGAAUGAGCGUGUGUGCAAUACAAACCAGGGAAGUUGGCUCGUCAACGUCCGUGGCAUUGUCACGUGA